UUGAAACUUGUCGCUCUUAACUAGUAGUAGUAGAAAACAAGAAACAACACGCGCUUUCCUCUGUGUACGGUUUCGCUUAGUUUCACCUGCAACACAAUAAAAACUACUCAUUCCAAUCACAAAUCAACAAGAGAAUUCCACAAUUCUUUUCCGAGGUUUGGGUUCGUCUUUGUUUCUUAUGAUAUAGUUGCAAUUGCUCGUAGAUCUACAACCCUUCUUGUUGUUUGUGAACCUUGCUGCCAUUUGUGAGGCUGAUCUCAGAAGAAGGCUUCUAGUCAAAUUUUGGAAGAAAUAGUUUAGUGAUGCAGAAGGCAUCCAAGGAAGCUUCAAGUAUCAACUCUCACCUUGUGCCUAGUAAAAACCAAGAUACUGAACUUUCUUUUCAGGCUUGUGCUGAACCAUUCUACACACUGGAAUCAACACCAAUGACUGGUUAUGCUGUCUUCAGUUCACCUACAGCUGUGAGCGUCUCUUCCAGUAAGAGUCCCUUCUCUCCACAACUUUCUCAUUCUUAUGCAUCAGACGUCCAUCACUCAUCGGAGAAUAGCUCAUCUCUGAAUGGUUCUUUUGAAGCCAAUGAUGAGAGCAAUUUGGCUCAUUCGCUAUGGCUGUUGAGCAAUGAGUUACUCGGACCUGAAUGUGGUAGUGACUAUAAUGGAUCCUUAACUGAUGAAUCAGUGCAGCCUUACUGCUCCACUAGGUACCAUAGAAUCGUAGAGAUGGCCCCAGACAUGGACCUGAAACACCUGCUCAUAGCCUGUGCUGAAGUAGUAUCUGAAGCUGAUAUCAUCCCUUUCUCUGAAAGAAGGAUUGCAGCAUCAGCUGCAGAAACUUUGAUGGACAUAAUACAGGAAAGGGUUUCGGUAUCAGGUGAUCCUUUACAGAGAUUAGGUGCGUACAUCUUGGAAGCGCUCAGGGCAAGAUUGCUCUCGUCUGGAAGCUUAAUCUGCAAAAAGUUGAAGUGCGAUGAACCAUCAGGUCCCGACUUGAUGUCUCACAUGCAGUUGAUUGCUCAAAUCUGCCCAUUCUACAAAUUUGCUUAUAUGGCUGCUGGUGCUGUCAUUGGGGAAGCCAUGGAAAAUGAAAAAAGAAUUCACAUAAUUGAUUUUCAGAUUGCACAGGGCAGUCAAUGGUUGUCUUUCAUUCAAGCUGUCUCUCGUCAGCCUGAUGGUCCACCAUAUGUUCGCAUCACAGGUGUAGAUGAUUCUGAAUCAGCUCAUGCUCGAGGUGGAGGGCUGGAGGUAGUUGGUCAGAGACUAUCCCAAUUAGCAUUGUCGUGUGGAGUACCUUUCGAAUUCCAUGGAGCAGGAACAUCAGGGUCUGAUGUAAAACUAGAGAAUCUUAAUAUGCAGCAUGGGGAAGCGCUAGCUGUAAACUUCCCUUAUGUACUGCAUCACAUACCUGACGAGAGCGUGAGCACUAGCAAUCACCGAGACCGCCUCCUUAGACUGGUGAAGAGCUUGUCUCCCAAGGUUAUGACCCUUGUUGAGCAGGAAUCGAACACCAACACUGCUACUUUCUCGAAACGAUUUCGCGAAACUCUGGAGUACUACGCAGCGAUGUUCGAGUGCAUAGAUGCAGCAGGGUUGGCAAGAGAUGAGAUGCAGAGGAUUAAUGCAGAGGAGCAUUGUGUGGCGAAGGAUGUGGUGAGCAUAAUAGCUUGCGAGGGGAACGAGAGGAUGGAAAGGCACGAGGUGUUUGGCAAAUGGAGGUCGAGACUAAGAAUGGCUGGAUUCUCGCAAAUUGGACUCAGUCCGAGUGUUACAAGUGGUGUAAGGAAUAUGUUGAAAGAAUAUAGCCCCAAUUACGCACUUGCAGAGGCUGAUGGUGCUGUUUGUAUUAGAUGGAAAAACAAAGCUCUUGUAUCAUUUUCUGCUUGGAGAUGAAAGCAGAGAGGAGAGGAUGGAUAUGUUCGUCCAAGUAUGCUACUCUGUAUGAAUCAUUUUCAUAUCAAAGUUUUCUUAUUUAUGUAAUCACUUUCAUUGUUGUGUAUUUCCUAAAUACACUCGUCUCCACGUGACAUCUUUCAUGGAUCAUACUUCCUUGUGCAAAUACAUGUGGAUCCUCAACAGGUUUAAAUUA